AGAACGAUAAAAACCUCCGAAGGCUGUACAAAACGUUUCGUAUACGCGUACGAUAUAAUAUAAUACUCGUUAGUUUUCCGUUCGUCUGAAAUAAUAGUUAAUAAAAAUUAUUCGAAUAUUUUUACUGGCAAUCGGUUAAAACAUCGUUAACUCGUAAUCGUUCGACCAGGCGAUAUUUCGAGGACAUCCGCAGUAUCGCAACACGACAGUUAAAGCCAAAAUAUAUACGAAACACGUACUUUACAGGCGAAGAAUUCACGGUGGCCCCCGUGACAACCGGCCGCGGCUCUUGGCACAACAACCCGUGAACGGGCGAUGAAGUCAUGUUCCAAUGUUCGUCGACGAGCACGGUCGGCGCCGACGCAGGUGUCGUCUCCAGUGACACGCAAAACGGUUACCGCGGUCAUUACCAUCACGAUCGGAUAGUAUACGUGCCGUCGUCCAAGCCAAAUAUGUUCGGUCUUGCGCACCACCAGUACGGCGCACCACCGCCGCCGCCGCUGCCACCGCCACCACCGUCCACUGUCGGUGCCGCAGUCCCAGGCGCCACCGCGCACACGUGGCAGAACACACCGGCCCGGGCACAGAGUAGCAGUCACCACGUCUCCGCCGCUGCCGGUUCGCCGGCCAACAACAACGGUGGCGGGAUUCCCGCCGGUGGACACCCGAACGCCGUCCCGAUGUCGUCGUCACCGUCGUCGGCCACCCCGCCGUUCUACCAGAGCGCCGCAGCCGCAGCAGCCGCCGCAGCCAUUAUGUGGCCCAACCCCACGGCCACCGCGUUCCAGACCCAUCACUACGACGCCGGAAUGGAUUUGCAGUUCGGAGACGGCCGGGAGUGCGUCAACUGCGGUGCAAUCUCCACGCCACUGUGGCGCCGCGACGGAACUGGGCACUAUCUGUGCAACGCUUGCGGAUUGUACCACAAAAUGAACGGCAUGAACAGACCACUCGUCAAGCCUGCCAAAAGAUUGGUCGCCUUCGAGACCGCAUCCAACAGACGCCUUGGUCUGUCGUGUACGAAUUGCGGUACCCGAAUGACCACUUUGUGGAGGAGAAACAACGACGGCGAGCCCGUGUGCAACGCGUGCGGUCUGUAUUAUAAACUACACGGAGUCAAUAGGCCGCUGACGAUGAGAAAAGAUGGUAUCCAGACGAGGAAGAGGAAACCCAAGAAGCAGCCUUCGUCAUCCUCCUCUUCUUCUAACGGUUCAUCAAACGUGGAAAAUCAUAGACAAUCCACUUCCACGGCCAUAGAUCUAUUAGUGAAUAAACAUACAGCGGUGGAAAUCAAACACGAACACAAUUAUGAUUCAGCGGCGGCGGCAGCGGCUGCUGCUGCAGUGGCCGCAGAACACUUCCUCUUCCCUAGCACGACAGGGCAGCCAUCAUCAUCCCCAGUUGAGCGGCUUCAGUUUUCCGCUCCCUCAGGCUCCGGUGCCGGCACACAACUACCAACACCUGUUGAACGGGCACGCCAACAACAAACUGAUGGCGUCCUAGAAUCCAACUUGUAUAUACAGACAGAAGUCUGAACAGCAGCCGCCAUUAUUGGAUUUUGUACAUAGUUAUAUAUAGUAUAGCCUAUCAUAAUAUUAUCAUAUUGAUAUUAUAUAAUAUAGUCAAUACGUUUGAUUUCUUGCAAUUUCUCGACUUAUUAAAAUACACAAUAAUAUUGAUAAAAUUAAUAUAUUAUAAUAUACGUCGUAUAUACCUACUGCAACACCAGCAAUGCAUAAAAAAAAAAAACUUGUUAGGUAUAGUAAAACGUCAUGAUAAAAUGAUACUGUAAAUUUAUCGUAAACACGUAUAUUUUUGGAACGCAUAGUACAAUAUAUUGUAUCACGCUAUCUUCCCAUAGAACUUUGGUUAGGACUGUAGUCAUUUGCUUAUCACGUCAAUCGUGUAUUUCUAUUGUGUUUAAAUUUUAUUGCGGUAACAAUCGUGCGUUCUAGUUCCGAGUCCGACACCCAUUUAAAAUUUAAAUGGCAUGCACGACGAAAGAACUUAUUGACGACUAGUUGUUUUGAAAUAUGUCUAGUCUUUUAUAUGUAUAUAUUAUACGUUAUAAGCAUUAAAAUUUACCGAUUUACUAAUUCGUGUAUAUUGUUUGUACCCACAGUUUUCGUUCGACGCUUAUUAAUACUCACCAAAUUAUAUUUAUCUGUUAAAAAUUGUACAUACCAUUUUAUUACCGGGAUCUAGAUAACACGUUUUCUUCCAAAAUAUUAGAAAUUAUUCUUCGCGUGUCCUCACUUUUAAAAUGCCAAAUUGCUAUUUUUCAUUAUGUACCUAUGUAAAUUUACUAUUAAUUUAUAUGUGUAAGUAUAUGUAUUGUAUUUACUGAAUGAAUGUAAAAAAAAAAAAAACUAUUUUAUAAAUAUGAUAAUAUGUAUUUACGACUUAUCAUUGUAUACAAUUAAAUGGCUAUCAUCGUAAAUUACGAUUCGUAAUGUUAUUGUUGUAGUAACAAAUACUAUGAUGCGGUUGGUGCGUAUCUAUCGUUUAUAAUAUAAUAUUGUCCUCAACAUUAUGUAUAUUAUAUAUAAUAUGUCACACUAAACACAUAUGAUAAUUAUCCAUCAAUCUCAAUGUAUUCUACUCUAAUAUUAUCAUGAUGAAAAAAAUUUUGUAUUAAUAAUAAUUAUUAAACUAUUAUAUCAAAAUCAUAAAUAAAAACCGUUUUCAGAUGUAUAA